AUGUAUAAUGCUGCAACUUUAUACUUUUCUGAAAAUUCUGGUAUAAAGAACGUAGAAUUGGGUGAAAAGUACAUGAGAUUGGCUGCUUAUAAACAACAUACUCAAGCUAUUGCUUAUUAUAAGGAUAGAAAUUUACCUUU